AUGGAUAAUCAAAAUUAUUCUAAUAAAAGUGAAAGUGAUAGUGGUAGAAGUCAAGGUACCGAAAAUCUUGUUGAAAUUAGAGAGGAACAAGUGGUUCAAUCAAUUCAAAGAAUUACAAGUUUAUAUCCAAGUAUGGGUGAAAAAAAUCGUAGUGGUAUUUGGAAUACUUUCUAUUUAUCAAUUACAGCUAUUGGUUGUAUUUUUGGUGACAUAGGUACAUCUCCAUUGUAUGUUUAUGCAUCAAUGUUUAAAGGACCACCAGGAGAGAAAGAGGUGAUUGGUAGUCUUUCAUUAAUUCUAUGGGCAUUGAUUAUGGUGGUAACAGUGAAAUAUGUUGUUUUCAUUCUAAAUGCUGAUAACAAUGGCGAGGGUGGUAUCAUUGCAUUGGUUUCAUUAAUUCCAAAACAAACCAAUCAAAAAUUGAAAUCAGCUCUAACAAUAUUGGCUCUAUGUGGUUCUUCUUUCAUUUUGGGUGAUGGCGUUAUCACACCUGCCGUAUCAUUGCUUAGUGCCGUUGAGGGUCUAGAAGUUGGUGUACCAGGAGGUGAAAUUAAAAAAUGGAUUGUACCAAUUACAGUUGUAAUUUUAUUUUUCCUAUUUGUAGUUCAAUCAUUUGGUACUGAAGCUAUUGGUAUUGUCUGUGGUCCAAUUAUGAUUCUUUGGUUCUUUUCAAUUGGUAUUUUCGGUUUACUCAAGGUAAUUGAUCAUCCAAUAGUUUUUAGAGCAUUCAAUCCAUGGGAAGGUAUUCAACAUUUUCUAUUGAAUGGAUCAAGAGGAUUUCUUUUAUUGGGUACAGUAAUACUUUGUGUAACUGGUUGUGAAGCAUUAUAUGCUGAUUUAGGACACACUGGUAAAAUGCCAAUUAGAUUAUCAUGGGUUCUAAUCGUAAUGCCAAGUUUAAUGUUAAACUAUUUGGGUCAAGCAUCUCAAUUCCUUGGAAAUCCAAACACUUCAAAUCCUUUCUUUGAAAUGAUACCAACUUCAUUCUUUUGGCCAAUGAUCAUUUUAGCAACGGUUGCUUGUGUUAUUGCAUCUCAAGGUUUAAUAUCUGGUUCGUUCUCUAUCAUCAAUCAAGUUAUCUCAUUGAAAUUCUUCCCUCCAUUACAUGUUAAACAUACUUCUAAAAAAAUCUCUGGUCAAAUUUAUAUUGCACAAGUUAAUUGGGUAUUGGCAUUUCUUACAUUGAUAACAGUUAUUGGAUUCAAACAUUCAUCAUCUCUAAUUGGUGCUUAUGGUUUAGGUGUAUCAAUGGUUAUGAUUGCAACUACAAUAAUGUAUAUUUUCGUACUUAGAUUACAUUUCCGUUAUAGUUAUUGGGUAAUCGUUCCAUUGGGUUUAUGUUUUAUAAUUAUGGAUGGUUUAUUCUUUACAUCAAGUAUUGAAAAAAUUCCAACUGGCGGUUGGUAUCCAAUAGUCAUUGGUAUCGUAAUGUCAUCAAUAAUGUUAAUUUGGAGAUAUGGUAGAAGUAAAAUGAUUAAAGUAAUUCAUGAUAGUUCACCACCACUUUCAACAACUCUUCAACAAGUGGAUCUUUUAAACAGAGGUGAUGCCGCCGUUUUCAUGUCACAUUAUGAAGAGAAAACACCAUUGUCAUUAGUUAAAUUACAACCAUUCCUUACUCAUAUGCCAUAUCCAUUAUUCUUUGUAAACAUUUAUCAUUUACCAGUACCUUUCAUUAAAGAUGAACAUCGUGUCGUUGCCAAAGAAUUAAUACCAGAAAGAGGUGUAUUCCAAAUUAGUAUUAACUAUGGUUAUGCUGAAAUCAUUAAUGUACCUUGGGUAAUUAAAAAAUUAUUCAUUGAAAGACUCAUUCAAUUAAAUCCAAAAUCAAUUAAUAAAAUUAAAGCCACCACCACUCAAGAUCAAGAAAAAUUGGUAAUUCCAACAACUAAAAAAGAAAUUGUUGGAUAUCAUUACUCUGAACAAAAUGAUACCGAAGGAAAUGAUGUUGAACUUGAAGUUGAAGGUGUUCCACAUAUCACUUAUUUCUUAUCUAGAUUACGUGUUAAAUCUUCAAAAAAACAAUUCAUCUUAAAACGUUUAUCGAUUUUUAUCUAUGAUAUUCUUCUUCAAAACAGUAGAUCAGAAGCUCAUUAUUAUGGUAUUCAUCAUAGUUCAAUGAUGGAAAUUGGUAGUAAAAUUCAAAUUUAA